AUGCCAUCGCAUGGUUUUAGAUUGUCUAAAAGUAAUGAUAUUAGUGUAAGUAAUAGUAAUAGUAGUGGUGAUGGUAUUGGUAUUGGUAUUGGUGUGAGUAGUGGUGGUGUAAUUAGUAAUGGUAUUAAUGUGAGUAGUAGUAAUAGUAUGAGUAAUAGUGUGAGUAGUAAUGUAAGUAGUAAUAGUAGUGUAAGUAGUAAUAGUAAUAGUGUAAGUAAUAGUAAUAGUGUAAGUAGUAAUAGUAUGAGUAGUGUAAGUAAUAGUGUAAGUAGUAGUAGUAAUGUGAGUAGUAGUGUGAGUAGUGUAAGUAGUAAUAGUGUGAGUAAUAGUGUGAGUAAUGUGAGUAGUAGAGAAGAAAUGCGGAGGAAGGGACAGAUGGUGGGGGAGGCGGUAGUGCGUGGGUUGCUUUGGAGUAGUAAUAGAGUGAGUAGUGGUCGAAUGGUUGGUGGUGGUGUGGGUGGUAAUGGUAGUGGUAGUAGUGGUGUGAGUGGUAGUAGUAAUGGAGUGGAUUGGGUGGGUGUGCUGGGUCGGGAUAGGGAACAGUGGCGGUACUUGGCGGAUGGGCCGGCUUUGUACCGGAAGGAAGUAGGGGGAGUAAUUGAUGGACGGCCAAUGCAGUUGAAGAAGAAGUAUGUAAGUCGGCGGAAAUAUGCUGAGGUGGGGACUGGUGUGACUCGGGGUGGGAAGAGAGAUAGUUGCCCGAUUUGUUUGAGUGAUUAUCGAGUGACGAGUGUGUGUGGAGUGCUUAAAUGCCGGCAUUGGUUUCAUAUGAAGUGCAUUGAACAGCACUUGCAACGCUCGGGUGGAUGUCCUAUUUGCCGUAAGGACGUGAUUAGUGGAGUAAUCAAUUAA